CACUUCCCUCCCUCGGCCGCUCUCCUCCCCAGCACUUCCUUCCUCCCUUUAACGUGCGUCGAACAUCUCCUCCGCCGCUCAUGGCGACGCCGCCUCCGCCUCCGCUCCGCGUUAGCUGCUCACCGCGGGAGAACCUGGGAGGCCGCGGAUCGUGCGCCGCUCCGGCGAAGAGCUGCGACGGACGGGGCCCCGGGGCGAGGACAUGGCCAACAGCAAGCCCAAAGCAGAGAGCCGGCGCGAUGAAGCCGAGGGACCGGAUGGAGGCUGGGGCUGGGUGCUGGUCGGUGCCCUGUUCGUCAGCACGAGCCUCGUGUUCGGCCUGAUGCGUAGCCUGGGGAUCUUCUUUGUGGAGUUUGUCCAGUACUUUGAGCAGAGCGCUCAGGCCAUCUCCUGGAUCUCUUCAACAGGCCUGGCAGCACAGCAGUUCUUCAGUCCUCUGGGUGCAGCGCUUUGUAAUGCAUAUGAUGCCCGGGUGGUAGUGAUGACGGGGGGGGUUCUUGCUGCACUGGGCCUCAUACUAGCCUCGCAGGCCACCUGCCUUGUUCAUCUCUACCUCACUAUGGGUGUCAUUUCAGGUCUGGGCUGGGGGCUGGUCUUCACUCCCAUGGUGGCCACUGUCAUGGCGAACUUCACACGGCGCCGCACCCUGGCGUUGGGUCUGGCGUUCUCCAGCAUCGGCCUUUCCUCCUUCGCUUUCAACCCCCUCUUCCAGCUUCUGGUGGAGAUGUACGCCUGGCGAGGGGCCCUGCUGAUUCUGGGGGGCCUCAGCCUCAACAUUGUGCCCUGUGGGGCUCUCAUCCGUCCACAGCGACGCCCUAAAGCCCCAGAAAAGGUGGAUUCAGAGAGCAUGUCAUCAUGUGCUGCAGUGCUGCGGCGAGUCUCCUCCUACCUGGAGCUGCAGCUGCUCUUUGAGAGGCCUUAUGUCACCUACACCUCAGCCAUCACUCUUCUUAACGUCGGCUACUUUGUUCCAUAUUUCCACCUGGUGGCCCACAGCCGCCAAGCCGGCUUCUCAGAGUACCAGGCCGCUUUCGUCAUGUCGGCCGCCGGCGUUACAGACAUUUUCGGCCGCGUGGUGUCAGGCUGGUUCUCUGACCUGGGACACUUUCGGCUGAUCCAUCUACUGAGCUUGUGGACAACGCUGGCGGGACUGUUCAUCAUGCUGCUGCCCGUCAGCUCCUUGUCCGGUUCUUACGCUGCACUGGUGGUGAUCAGCCUCCUCUACGGCUUCUGCUCGGGGGCUCUGACCUCUUUGGCUUUCGCGGUGGUGCCCAUGAUUGUGGGUGUGGAGCGCAUGAUGGGGGCCCUUGGGCUGCUGCAGCUCAUCGAGAGCAUCGCGGGACUGCUGGGGACACCUCUGUCAGGGCUGCUCAAGGACAUCACCGGCAACUACAUCGCCUCUUUCAUGGUAUCGGGCAGUUUCCUCAUUCUCAGUACUAUGACCAUGGCCACUCUUCCUCGCUACUUCUCCUGCACGGAUCCACCGGCCCCUCAACGACGUUCCCAUGACGACAAAGAUAAGAGAUUACGUUCGGAGUUAGAACAGAUCAAUAGUUCGCCCUGUGACGUGAGUCACGGAGGAGCUCAGUGAUCUGGCUGGAUAACCCUCAAGACUUGUGUAAGUUAAUGGUUCAAGAGCCUUGUUAAUAGUCUUCUAACCAGCCAGUAUAACGGUGGUGCCUACUUGCAGACACUUCCAAUUAGUAUGCAAUAUACCUCAGGCAACAUAUCGGGGCCAAUGAGUUGAUCACUGUUAUACAUCGUAGCCUCAGUUUUAUGUUUAGGCCAGUUCCCUUUACCUAAAAGAAAAUCUAGGCAUGGAAAUAUUUCAUUUACAACGUAACAGUGUUGCAUUUGACGCACAGGACUGCACGCAAGGUUGUCCAACCGUGGAUGACAAUGCUACUACACGCCAUCGAGUUGGCACACUCUGCAUACUUGACUGAAGAAACCGAGAAGGAGCUGUUUUAUUAUCUUAACGUGAUAUGUGAAUCUGACUUGUUCUGUCUCGAGAAAGUUGCUGUAAGACUGACAAGUAUAUCGUAAUAUAUGGUGCACUUACAAAAUUAAUCUUAAAACCUUCUCUAUUCUGAUUUAAACUAUUCUUUUAACGAAGCACACUACAUUUAGCGCUAUUGCAAAUAGUGGUGUUUUCCAGUUAGACGACAGUGUUUCACUCAGCCUUCCUGAUGAUUGUUGGUCUUUACACUUCUGUUUAAUUUGUGGAUGCAGAUUUAUGGAUUAAAGAAAGUAAAUUUCUGAAUAAUUAGCAGCACCACACUGUUAACACUGAUUUACUAGGAGCACAAGGAUAGCUCUGAAAGCAGUGCACCAGAACUGUUCUCCCUCUCAGCCUCAGGAAUUUCACUUUGCGUCAGUGUUAAAGCGCUGGGCAGGACUACAGGACUGUUAUUUCCCAAGUGCAUUUUCUGAUUAUACAUGAUAGUACAUAAGCACCUUGUACUUUUGUAAUCCAUGAACCAAGACUGCCUUUGUCAACCUGAAAUGUUUGGCUUUGCGAACAGCUGAAUGAACACCAGAUUUGCAGGCGGGACAGGACCUGGUCACGGUGACCUGCUGGUUACUGACAUACUGAUUUCAGGGUCCUUGCGGUGCAAAGCGCGUUUGACCGAGUAUGACCGUUCACCUUACUGGCAGCUACUGAACACUGGAGAUUCAGUAAUUGUUUAAAAGUGGAAAAUGUUCUUAAUGAGAUAUUUUUUCCUUGAUUUGACGCUGUUACCCUCUAGUCUUAAAUGUACUACUCAAACAUCCUGCAGUUUGUCUUAUAUGUUAAAAUGUGGUAUUUUGUGCUCAAUUUGGAUUAAAAAGCAUUGUAUUAUU